UCCUGUGCAGGUGGUGCUGUGGACAGUCUCUUAGAUCUAGCCAGCGGUGUGUCUGACUCACUAUUGAUAGACACUGCACUGUCUGAACAGCAGAAUGUAAUACUGUGACGACAUGAAAGAAGGAAAAUGUGAAGUCUCUGCUUCAGGGAUCCAUUUUGAGGCAUUCUGGAAAAAUAUGUUAGGUUUCCCCUGCUUGCUGUAGUGUCUUUUCUGGACCCUGAAGAGAUCUAAAGGGCUGCCACCUGAAGGACCUCAAUAGUUUCAAUUUUAGUCUUCCUGUAGCUGAGAUUCAGCUCAGAGAUGCCUGGGGCAGCGGCUACAAAGGAUUCCACAUGCACGCCAGAGACAGUGUCCAUUACCACAGACCUCUUUCAGGAGGAAGAAACAGGUAAAAAGCUCCAAGUACAUUGUCCCAGGAUCGUCUCCCCUGAGUCCCCUGCAAAGCUCUACGGCUGCUAUGCAGUGAUCGCUGUCCUCACUGCAGCUGUAAUUGCACUGACUGUUACACUGUCAGUGAGACCAGUCAAUGAGACCCGUGGACCUUGCUAUGCCACCUGCCCAAGAGACUGGGUUGGAUUUGGAAGUAAAUGUUUUUAUUUUUCCAAAGACAUGAGAAACUGGACAUUUAGCCAGACUUCCUGCAUGGCACAAAAGGCCCAUCUAGCUCGAUUUGACAGCCUGGAGGAGCUGAAUUUCCUGAAGAGAUACAAGGGGGAUUCUGACCACUGGAUGGACCUGUACAGAGAGUCACCAGAGCACUCUUGGAGGUGGACAAACAACACUGAAUAUAACAACUUGGUUCCUAUCCGAGGACAAGGAGAAUGUGUCUACCUGAGUGACAAUGGGAUCAGCAGCAGCAGGGGCUACACAUACAGGAAGUGGAUUUGUAGCAAGCCUCAACUAUCCUUUACAAGGGCCAAUGAUUUUUAAAUGCAGGGUAGGGAAUGUGCCAUAGCAUGCCUGAGAAACAGAUGCUGUGUGACCUGUUAUCUACAGUUGCUACUCCAUUCCUGAUCUACUAAAAUCAUCAUCAAAAUCCAGUGAUAAUGUGUGUUGACAGCAAAGAUGAAAACUCACUUAGAGGAUUCUACACGAGGGUUCUUGGGAGAGCAUGGAUGAUUCUAAACUAAAUCAGUGUUUGAGCAAGAACCUAAAUUAUAGUCAUAUCUGUAUUAGUUAGCUCCACUUUUACGACCAGAUAUGAAAGUUGUUUCUUUGGUCCUUGCUUUGAAUGCAGGGGACCUAAAAAUACAAGGUGACUAAACCCAUUGAAAUGAUUCAAUAAUCACAAGAAAAGUGGUAGUUGAUCUGUGGACUCUAAGUAUUUUUGUACUCAUGGUCAAUAUUCUUUUGCAAAGUUCAAUAACCAACACGAAGUGAUAUCUAGCCAGUAUUGAAACCAAUACUGUAUACUCUGUGAUUAACACAUUGUGAAAAUGUUUUUACAUGUUACUCCUCAGCACUCCUAUUUUAAUUACAGUGGACUAAGAGCAUGAUCCAAGCAAAGGCCAUUUUACUCUCUUAAUUCAACUUUUUUUGAGACUUUCAUGCAUGAGUAUGUCAUUUGAACUUUAUUCUUUAUUAGCUUCACUUAAAACCAGCCUAGUUUGAAAUGAAGCUAAUAAAAAAUAAGACAGUUAAUUACUGAACAUUUUAAAAAGCAUUAGGUGCCUAAUUUUGCAAUUGUUUGCACACAGUUGAGUUUUAAGGACAAAAUAAUUUAAUUUUUUGGUUAUAUGCUAUACUGUACUGAUGAGUCCUAAAAAGGACGAAAUAAGAGGUCAAAGCAUGUCUUCAGUCAUUUCUUUCUUCUUACUUUAUUGAUAUAUGGACUAAGCCUGAUGAUUUGAGUUCAACCUGGACCCACAUGGCGGAAGGAGAAAACUCCCACAAAUUGUCCAAUGGUGGUACACAUACACACAAAUAAAUAAUUAAGUGUAAUAAAAAAUUUUAAGUUUACCUUUUAUAGAGACUGUGCCUGUUAUGUUUGUUUUUGUUGUUGUUGUUGCUGCUGUUGUGGCUUGGUUUUCGUUUUUGUUUUUUUGAGACAGGAUCUUACUGUGUAGCUCUGGCUGUCCUAGCACUCACUAUGUAGACCAGGCUGGCCUCAAACUCACAGAGGUCUGCCUGCCUCUGCCUCCCUAGUGCUGGGAUUAAAGGUGUGGGCCACCAUAUCUGGCAAUGACUAUGCCUGUUUAGAGUCUGUAUUUUUAUUAUUAGAUAAAUACAAGCAUAUCUCAUUCAGGAAAAUACUUUUCUCAGUGGUUCUUGUCCUACUUCAUUUAGCCCUUUUGCUUUGCA